AGAGUGGAGAGUUUUCUUAGUAAAGAUAUCAGCUAUCUGGUGUCUAAUAAAAAGGAGGCAAAAUUUGCACCAGCUCUUGGUCAGAUUUCUCCUGUUCCCAGCCCAGAAUCUGCACAUAAUGGGGAAAAUAGCUCACCUCAUCCUAGCAACCGAAAAGAUCAACACGGUGGAGUUUCUUUUAAGAUGGUGGGUACAGUAUGUAUGAGCAGAGGAAAAUCCUUAGUCGAAAAAGCAAUCAAAGAGCAGGACUUAAUCCCCUCUGGAAGUAUACUGUCCAAUGCUUUGAGCUGGGGAGUGAAGAUACUUCAUCUUGAUGAUGUUAAGAAUUACAUUGAACAAAAGAAAAAGGAGAUCUACCUAAUCAAAAGAAGAGGCAAUUCUUUUAAAGAUGUGGGAAAACAAGUUACUGCUCAAAAGUCAAGAACAGGUAAACUGAAAAACCCGUUUGUCAAAGUGGAGGACAGGAGUCG